AUGGUUGAAUCGAAACGUCACUGUCCAGAUUCCAGAAACGAUGGCUCCUCCAAACCGAUUAGGAGGGAGAAUAAACCACGGCGUGCAAUGAGUUUGCACCAGGCAGUCGCACCAUGCAUGGACAAUUUUGAUGCAGCAGGAGUUACAGUUACAGGUGAUGAUAGCUGGUUCACGACUGUAGUAUUGGCUGGAGGAAGCACAUGUUUGCCAGGACUUGCAGAAAGGCUAGAGAAAGAACUGCAUGACCAUCUUCCGUCUUAUAUAUGCAAUGGAGUCAGACUAAUCCCUCCUCCUUGUGGCGUAGACUCAGCGUGGCAUGGAGCAAAGAUUAUCAGUAAUUUAAGCACGUUUCCUGGUCCUUGGUGUAUCACAAAGAAGCAGUUCCGUCGCAAAUCAAGACUAAUGCGACUCUUCUUCUUUCCUCUCAUCAACCUUUACAACCCCAUCAACGAUCACAAUAUUAUCUACGACCAACAUUUGAAGGCUUGUGACUUGUCUAAAGGACACUGGGUUCAAGACCCUAGAGGGUCUCUCUACACAAAUUUUACCUGUCCUACAAUACCCCACUCGAAGAACUGCUUCAAACAUGGAAGACCAAACGGAGAUUUCUUGUUCUGGAGAUGGAAACCCGAAGGCUGCGAUCUUCCAAGAUUCGAUCCCAAAGCUUUUCUAAAUCUUGUUCGAGGCAAAAAGAUGAAUUUUAUUGGUGAUUCUGUCUCCAGAAACUACAUGGAGUCUCUUCUUUGCCUCUUAUCAAUUGAAGAGACUCCGGAAGAUAUCUACAAGGAUGCAGAUGACAGAAACAGGAUAUGGCGCUUUCCUAAUCAUGAUUUCACACUAUCGACCUCGUGGACUAAGUUUCUGGUAGUGGGAUAUGAGAGGACAUACGCUAACAAGACCGGAACCGGAAUUUAUGAUCUCGACAUUGACAAGAUCGAUAAGCAAUGGGUGAAAGAUCUGCCAAGUACAGACAUUGCUAUUGUCUCGGCUGGUCAUUGGUUAUUCAGACCAAUAUAUAUACAUAGAGGAGAUGAGACAAUUGGUUGCAUCUUCUGUAACUCACCAAACGUGACUCAGAUCAGCCUGAGAGAAGGGUUUAAGCUGGUUUUCUCAGCUGCCUUUAAGCACAUCAAUGCAUGUAGUAACUGUAAAGCCAACUUAGUGACGGUUCUAAGGAUGUUUUCACCUUCCCAUUUUGAGAAUGGGUCUUGGAACGAUGGAGGAGCGUGUGGGAGAACAAAACCUUUUGGGGUUGAUGAAAUAAACCUGCAGAGUAGGGAAAUGGACAUCAGGACAUCUCAAAUAGAACAACUUGUAGAGAUCAAACGUGACAGCUUAGCGAAGAAGAAGUUUGAGGUUUUGGAUGUGACUAGGGCAAUGCUAAUGAGACCAGACGGGCACCCGAACUCAUACUGGGGAAAUCAAUGGAUGAAAGGUUUCAACGAUUGUACUCACUGGUGUUUGCCAGGACCAAUCGAUACCUGGAGCGAGUUUCUGAUGAUGUUACUGGGACAACUCAUGUAA